CGUGAGCGACCUCCCGGGCUGGCUCUGCGCUGCCUGGGCACCGGGGGGCGGGUGGAGGGCCUCCGGCCUUCCGUCCCGUCCCGUGCCCCGUCCCGCGCCUCCCCGUCCCCGCUGCGCCGGGUCCCCGCGGCCUCCCCUCGGCUCCUUCCUGCUCGUUCGCUGCGGUUUGCGGCUGUCCGUGGAGCCCCCGGAGCCUUUCCCGCCCCCCCUCAGCCCGUGCCCAUCGGAGGCGGCUCCCCGGCGCUGGCACCGGCAGGCAUUGCACGUGUGCUCGCUGUCGGGGCAUACAUCUGGGCAUCCAUCAGCGAUUCUCAGUGCCCUGGUACUGAUGUCACUGCCAUCGCGGCUGCCCCUGCCCCAUUUCCGCGCUCUUCGGUGGCAGGUUUUGUAUUGCUGUGCCCGCGUGGUUCCACAUCAAACAAUUGGGGAUGGAGGAGUCAGGGUCGCUGUGAUGGCUGGUUACCGGCUGGACAGGGUGUGAGCUGGGUCCAGAUCUGGGCUGUUUGCUGGGUGAGCUGUGUCCAGAUCUGGGGUGUUUGCUGGGUCAUCUGGGACCAGUUUUGGGGUGUUUGCUGUAUGAGCUGGGUCCAGAUCUGGGGUGUUUGCUGGGUCCAGAUCUGGGGUGUUUGCUGGGUCCAGAUCUGAGAUGUUUGCUGGAUGAGCUGGGUCCAAAUCUGAGGUGUUUGCUGGGUCCAGAUCUGGGUGAGCUGGGUCCAGAUCUGGGAUGUUUGCUGGGUCCAGAUCUGGGUGAGCUGGGUCCAGAUCUGGGGUGUUUGCUGGGUCCAGAUCUGGGGUGUUUGCUGGGUCCAGAUCUGGGGUGUUUGCUGGGUCCAGAUCUGGGUGAGCUGGGUCCAGAUCUGGGGUGUUUGCUGGAUGAGCUGGGUCCAAGUCUGAGGUAUUUGCUGGAUGAGCUGGGUCCAGAGCUGGGGUGUGAUAAAUGAUUUCGUCUCAAACAGGAUUCCAGUUCAGGUUUACAGUUUAUGAAGUGAACAGAGGCAAGCAGACAGCGCUGGGUGUGCAGGGAGUCUCUGCGCAGCCAAGACGCACCCUGUACAGCUCCUGACUUCUGCUAAUACAUAUUCAUAGCUGUGUCUCAGGAAAGGGUUGGCCUUUGCUAAUGAUGUCCAGGAAUGGGCAUAGCUUUUUUGGCACAUGCCCUCUUCACCUCUUGGGGUCUUUCUUGACUCCCAUCUGUUGGUCAGUGGAUGAAGUCAGUAGUCUUCCUCGGCUCACCUUUAUUGAGUGCAGGCACCCAAUAGACUUUUCUUGCUUAGCACCAUGCAGUUAGCAACAAAACCAGUGUAAGCUGGCAUACCAGAAUGCUUGUUAAGUGGCUUUUGCAAGAAGUAGGAACUAUGUUAGAUGGUUUUUAGGAAAAAAAAACAGGAAGUAUAUACAUAGCAUCCUGCUUCUUCUAAGCCUGCACUUCCACAAGCACAAACAGAAUGGCCACAUUUCAGCCUGGGGCCCUGGCAUUGUUUCGUAUUGACAUGAAUCAGGUGAACACACUUCACAUGGGGUGUUUGCUGGGUGAGCAGGGACCAGAUCUGGGGUGUUUGCUGGGUGAGCAGGGACCAGAUCUGGGGUGUUUGCUGGGUGAGUUGGGUCCAGGUCUGAGGUGUUUGCUGGAUGAGCAGGGACCAGAUCUGGGGUGUUUACUGGGUGAGUUGGGUCCAGAUCUGGGGUGUUCACUGUGUCCAAGUCUGAGGUGUUUGCUGGGUGAGCUGGGUCCAGAUCUGGGGUGUUUGCUGGGCAAACUUGGUCCAGAUCAGUGCACUGAGAUGGGGCCUCAACCCUGCACCAGCUCUUGUGUUCUGUGCCUGAAGUGUUGUGCCUGGAAAAAGCAGCUUGUGGGACUGAGAGCUGCUAAAGGAGCCUGUCCCAAGCAGAGGCAGCCACUACAGAGCCCCAAACCCCAGGAGGUUUGCACCUUUUGGCAUGUCCUGUGUGUCACCUGAUGCCACCAGGGAUGGGCAAGUUCUUCUAAGGAUCCUUUGUGGAAGGAGAACUGGCCACUGGCUGUGCUGAGAGCUUUGUUGUGCUGAGGGCUGUGGGUUAGUUGGGGGCUUGGCAGUGUGAGGGGAGGGGUUGAAUGAACUUAAAGGUCCUUUCUAACCAAAAUUAUUCCAUGAUUUUGGGCACUCAGAGUAGUUUAUCCUAUUCUAGCAAUUAGUGUAGCUUUCCUGCUAGUCCUGUUUCCCUGCUCUGCCUGAGCCAGGCUCCGGUGAGUACCAGCUGAGGAGCUGCGGGGCUACAGAGCCUCUCAAGGGGGAUGUACCAUGACAGUGUCCAUCCAGGCUGCAGCCCUGCUGCUGUAUUCCUUUCCCAAAUCCCAAAGACCUAACUGAUCCACCCAGUUAGUGAAUUGAUUUAUAGCUAUUGGAGACUAUAAUUAACUGAGCAGCUGGAAAGCUGUGUGUUAUCUGCCUGGUGGGAGCAGCUUUGAGAAGCAGCCAGGUCUGAUGGGCCACAGGCUGCCCUGUCCCCACCAACUCCUUUGUUGUGUCUGAAGGAUUUUACUCCAUCUCAGACUUUGUGUUCUUCUCUUUUAUCUCUUCCUCUGCUAACUUUUGGCACUGGUGAGCUCGCUUUGAGCCUCCCUGUUUCUCCCUUAUCUCCUCCCUGUGUUCCUGUAAGGUCACAAACUGCUGUGUGGGUGCCAGAGUUUGCAUUGCUGGGCAGGCCAGCUUGUUACCAAAGCAUUCCCAGCCCUUCAUAAAACCUCCCACUGCUGUCAGACCCUGACACAACACAGAUGUUCAUUAAGCUUUGGGGAAGGUGAUAGAUCUCAUCACUAGGCCCAGGGAGAGAUGCCUGUGCCUUGUACUAACACAUUCAGUGCUAAAAAGCUCCUGGGAGUGCUGUGCCCUGUGGGACUGCAGGGAGAUGGGGAGGAGGGGUCCCUCAUGUGCCCUGGGGGUGCAGGGUCCUUCCUUGCACAACCUUUUGUGGCCUGAGGGUACAGGGUGUACCCUCCCUUGCUCAGAGGAGCUGUGGAGGUGGAGCUGGAGCAGGAACAAGGGCUGUGCCCGGAGGCUGAUGAGGUGCAGAGUUUUGCAAGUGUUGCAUCAGUCUGCUUUAAACCAGAGGAAUUUGGCUGGUCUUGGGUUACCAGAGGGGAGUCUGAGAAAAAGUGCUGCCUGGGGUCUGUGCAGCCCUCAGGAAAUGAGGCAGGGGGCUGUCAGCCUCAUCUGUGCUUCCUCUGAUAGUGUUUGUUCUCUCAGCAGCUGAAAUCAGUGCAUGGAGAUGCUCUGCAAACAGGAGUAAAAGCUCCUGGAGGGUAUGGCAGUUUGGCUGUCAAGGAAGGGAAAUCAAGUGCUUUCAAGGGCUGGGAAGGAGCUGCCUGGGGGAAAUUAGCACCUGGCUGCCAUCAGGAGUCCUUGCUAUUGGUUUGCAGCCAGCAAAUGCUGGGUGAAGGGGAAGAGCUGGCAGCCCCCAGGGCUGCAGGAAGCUGCACUGGGAUGCAGGACUCUCUGUCAGACCCCUACAUCUCAGCUGAAGUCUCUCUUUCCAGGUGAGUGAGCUGUUUUGCAGGGCCACCUGGGACUGAUCUGCCAGGUAAAGCCCAAAUCUGGGGACAGGAGUGCUAUUUUCUCUCUUUCACACUCGGUGCUGCCAGCCUGGGUGAAGGCUGUGAGUGGUAACUGGUGGCUCUGGGAGCCCAGUGCCCCAACUGGGCUGGGGUCAGCUCCUUCUGGGUCAGAGCAUCCCCUGCCCAUGGGGAUGGUGGCUCUUAGAAGAAGCCCUAAUCCCAGAUCCUCGUGGCCACAAAGGCUGUCCUGGGAGCCCUGGGCAAUGGCUUUUUGCAUCCACGGGGUUUGAGCCCCUCUCCCUGACAGAGAGCACGAACUGUGUUCAUGCCAGGCUGUCCCAUGGGAGCAGCAAGGGGCAGGGAUGCAGCCUGGCCUGAGGCUCGUGCUGUGGGGCUGCCCCAGGGGCACCAGUGGCACUUUGUCCCUGCUCCAGUGCCAGGGGAGCAGCUUGACCAGGAUCCCUUGGGACAAUAGUGAGCUGGAGCCAGUGGGUGCUGUGACCUGUGUGGUUGGCAGAGGGUGAUUGAUUGAAACGUGGCUGUGAGCAAGGAAAGGCUUGGGAAGGCAAGGGGAGCUGCUCUGGGCAGAGUGAGGAAGGUUCCUGGUGCCAGGGGAGCAGCCCUGGUGUUCUGGGACCUGUGUGCCCUCCUGGCAUGGGGAGUGGGUCUGCGUGGCCCCCAGCUCACCCAUCUCCUGUGGCUGCUGGCUGGUGCUGAUGGCACAUGGCUCUGGAGGUGACCCAGCACUCAGGGCUCAGCUGGGAGCUGUCACAACCCAACUACACGUUGGAAAAGGCUCUGAGGGCAGGUCUGGGUUAGAACAAUACCCAGCUUCAUCCCCAGCUGCCCUACUGCUGCCCAGCUGUGUGACAUGGGCACGUGCACAAUGUCCAUCCAGUGUCCAUGGGAUGGUGUUUGGGAAUGUUUGAUUAACAGAUGGGGUCAGCACAAAGGACACAGACACCAAGUAGGAAGGAAAUGGGCUGAUUAUGUUUAAAUCACUAAGUGAAAUGAUACAGCAAGAAUAAAGCCAGAGUAAUGCACUGAACCAUUGCUGCUUAAGGUUAGCUAUAGUGAUUAAUAAACACAUCACCAAUUGCCUUAACUGCCAUCAUCUAGAUCCACAGGCACUAGGGAGCUCUGGUUGCAGUGAGGAGAACCUUUGGAGAACCUCUCCCAGCAGCUGGGAGCUGCAUCCAUAGGUGAGGUCUCCAAAGUCCCUGCAAGAGGAUCCAGCUUUUGCUACUGUUGAAUGGACAAGUUGAACAUAACUUGGCAUGCAGAAACAUCUGGUUUCACUCUCCUUUGAGAUGCCACCCAAAGCCUGGCCAGGGCUCAAGGAGGAACUAAGGGAGUUUAUUUGGCUUUGACCACACAUUUCCAGACAAGGCCAGACACCUGGUUCCAUGGCCUUGAGAGUCAGCGUCUAAACAAGGAGAGGAAUACGUUCUCAUGACAUCUGUCUUCACUAGUGAUUGUGUUUGAUCUAAGUCACACCUUUUGCUGAUGCUCAUCCAUAUGUCACUAACGAUCAGAGACAAAGCUGAUGUUUAAUGUUUGUUUGGGAGGUUCAUCUAGAGGUCAGCUUUGGUUCAGGGCCUGCUGCUCAGGCCUCAGUACCUCAACGGGGGACAAAAGUCCCCACUGGGCUCAGGAGGAAGGGAUUAAACAUUGGAAUGACCAGUAUCCACCAUCCAACUACUUGCAAGUUCUUGCUGUGUAGAUCUGACAGUUGGAGUUAUUCCAAUAUUCAUGGAUAAAAGUAUUUAUGGGCUUCACAGUAACAAAAGCAAUGAUGAGACAGGAAACACUCCUGAUUGCAAUUAAGGUGACCUGCAGUGUCACACAGUUGAGCAUCCCUGGCCAGGAAGAUCACAGAAUGGUAGAGGGUGGGAAGGGCCCUGCAGAGCUGCUCCAGCCCCAGCCCCUGCUAAAGCAGGUUCCCCUGGCUCAGGGGGCACAGGAACGUGUCCAGUGGGGUUGGAAACCUCCUGAGAAGGAGCCUCCACACCCUCCCUGGGCAGCCUGGGCCAGGGCUCCCUCACCUCAGCACCAAAGGACUUUCUCCUUGUAUUGAAGUGGAACUGUUUGUGUUCCAACUGAUGCCCAUCAGCCCUUGUGCUGGCACUGGGCACCACAGAACAAAGUGCCACCCCAUCCUCCUGACACCCAGCCUUUAGGUACUUGUCAGUGUUGCUGAGACUCCCCCCUCAGCCUUCUCUUCUCCAGGCUGAACAGCCCCAGGUCCCACAGCCUUUCCUCACAAGGAAGAUGCUCCAUCCCCUCAGCAUCUUGCUGGCCCUGCACUGGCCUCUCUCCAGCAGUUCCCUGUCCCUCUGCAGCUGGGGAGCCCAGAACUGGCCCCAGGACUCCAGAUGAGGCCUCAGCAGGGCAGAAUAUCAUUGUGCUGGUGAGAUCCUCAGCUGGCUCUGCCCUGAAUUCUGCUUUCACAGAGCUGCUUUUGCUAUGCAGCUCCCUACAGCUGGGAUCCAACAGCCAGCCACAGCCCACAGGCAAACUGCACCUUCAACCCUAUUCCUGUCUCUUUAAGUUGACUUCACUCUUCCAGAGCUCAGCCCCUGCUGUGGCUCAGUGCCAGUGGGGGCUCUCAGGGGUGUUUGCUGUCACACACCAUACAGGACAGAGUUGCUGAGGGAAGGAAGGGGAGUCACCACAGUGACCCCUCGUGCUGUGAGGCUCUGGGGGUGACCCACGGGGCUCCUGAGCAGCAGCCAUCCUCCAGCCAGCAGUGACGUCCUGGGGGCUGUGCCCACCCCUGCCUCUUCCUUUGCAGCUGGGUGCUGACGUCCUGGGGCCAUUCUCCUCACUGAGACUUGGGCCAGAACGAGCUUUUUGACAAGAUGUUCCCACCAUGGGGCUGCAGGAGGGGCUUCCCCAGGAAGCCUCAUCCGUGGCAGCGUGGACCACGAGCAGCUGGCCCUCACAGAGCCCAGGAUGAUCCCCCCUGGGAGCACCCAUGGAGGAGGGGCAGGGCUAGAUGGCACCUGCCAGGCCCCUGGGACUACAGACCCUUCCCUGGCUCCCAUGGAAAUGAGGACAGGAGAUGGGACCAUCCCCUACCACCCCCUUGGGCCAACAGAGAAGACAACCAAGGACAUCAGGAGUACUUUGCAGAGGACUGGGAGCCGCCUGGUCCCUGGUACUCUGGACCCUUCCCUUCCCCUGAUGACUUCCAUGGGGAUGCUGAAGACAGGAGAUGGGCACCCACUGACCAUCCCCUGCCACCCCCUCGGGAUCACAGGGAAAAAAAACAAAGACCUGAGGACUGGCACCCAGUGAGGGGGAUGUGGCCUGGGGGGGUGGCAGUGGUGUGGCAGCAUGCCACCAUUCUCACUGUUGAUUUGCCAUUGCAGCCUGGUCCCUGGGACUCCAGACCCUUCCCAGGACCUGUAAACUUCCAUGGGAAUGAGGAUAGGAGGCAGGCACCCAAUGAACAUCCCCUGCCACCCCCUUGGGAUGACAGAGAAUGCAACCAAGGACCUGAGGACUGGCACCCGGAGCUCCUGCCCGGCGAGGAGCAGCACGCACCCUGGCCCCCCUCCAGCCUGCCAGGGGAAUCUGAGGGCUUCCAGAAUGACUGGGACUAUCAUGGCCCAGGUGGGAGACGCUGCCAACGCCUUCGCCAGAGCUACCGAGAGUUAACGGUCAUCAAACGCCUCCCGUGCCCUCCUUGGCCCUUCAAAAGGAAGAAAUCGUCCUUCAAGUCGUCUUCUCACUCUGAGAUGAGCCAACCAGGGAGCAAAGACCCAAGUCACCCUGAUCCUCCUCAGCCACCUACUACCCUCAAAGAUGAAGCAGAGAGCAGGGAGCAGGACAUUCAGAGCACUCCAGCAGUGAGCAGGGAGGUUCCAGAGGCCCCUGAACCAGCCAGCACUCCUCCAAAGAGCCCAGCUGCUGCUGCCCAGGCUGUGACAGAGGCUGAGGAGGAGGCAGCAGGAGCGACGCUGGUUGAACCAGGAGCUGGGCAGAAACCUGCAGACAGUGAGAGCCCCUCUGCUUCAGAAAUGGAGCCAGCAACGCUGGAGAAGGGCACUGCUGGGACAGGGGAGCACCUUGAGGUAGAGCCCUGCAGCCCGAGCGUCCCUGAGGCCGCUGCAGCUGGUGGGUCACAUCCCCCCAGUCCAGCAGCCCCUCCAGAGCCCUCUGAGGGGGUCUGCACCACAGUCAGUACUGCUGCAGAGGUGGGUGCUGAGCUCUGCCCCUGGGGACAGCAGCAUCUGCUGAGUGGAGCUGCAGAAGCUGAGGCAGAAGAUGCCCACGAUGAGCUGCCUUCUCUCCCUCAGCUCCUCAGUGGCCUUCAGACACCUGAAAAUUCACAGGUCCCAUCAGGAGCCACCACAGAGCCCGAUGCACAGCCCAGCCAAGCUUGUUCUGAUACCUGCACCGUGCCAGAGACCUCGCUGGAGAACCAGCACCCUCCUGGGGCUGGUGAGACAGAGCUGGCUGCAGGUACUGAGCACCAGUUCUGCCCCACACUCCCGCCACCCUCCCUGGCUGACCCUGACCUCCGCUCCGCUGCUGUCCUGGCCAGGAAGGAGGAGAUUGAGCUGUCAUACCAGCAGUUCAGCCUGACCAUUGCAGUGGUGGCCACGAUGCUGCUGCAGAAGGAGCCGUCCAUGGAGGCAGCGCUGGGGCUGGCGCUCAGGGCCAACCUGCGCCAGGGCCGCAUCCACCACCUCCGGGAGCUGGAGGAUUUCAUCGACAGCUACGACUCAGCCACCCUCAGCCCCUGAGAAGGGGGGGAAAAGGGGGUUGGGCUGAGCAGAUGGACCCAUCUCUCCUCUCACCACACGAGGCUGGGGUUGGUGGGGGCCGUGCUGGCGUGUCAGGGUGCUUGUGAUGAUGCUGAGCCCUCAGGUCAAGGUGGGGCAGAUGUGUUUCUGCAUCCCACCAUCUCUCUUGGAGAUGGAGGUGGGGGGGUGUUAAGUUUUAGCCCUUCCCAGAGGUGUAUGUGCAGCCAAAGCUGGUUUUACUGGAAGGUGGGGGGAGGGAGAGUGGCUGCAGGGAGAUCCCCUCCACCCUGGCUCCUCGCUCCCUUCCCUCUGCCCUGGCUCCUCACUCCAUUCCUGCUUUGCAGGGAUGUGCCUCAAACUCCAGGGAUUGUUGCUGGUUUUCAGUCUGAAAAAUAAACCAUGUGUGAUCUUUGCA